AUGUCUGCUCCCGGCCCCGAAUCUGUGCCAACUUCGGCCGAUCCCCGCUCCCACCGUCCAACAAAGAAGCGUGCUCUCACGCCCGUCUCAGCGCAAGCCGCCUCCGUAGAAGCCCUGUUCUUGAAGCCCGACCAGAACAUCCGCAUACCCGACCCCUCCGCCCCUGGUGGCAGUUCCGCCCUCAUGCGCUCCGCUCCCCCGGAAAUCGUUACUAACGUCCAGGGCUCCAGCGCUGGUGCCGGCUCGGGCGAGUUCCACGUCUACAAGGCUAGUCGCCGGCGCGAGUACGAGCGUCUGCGCAGCAUGGACGAGGAUCUCCGUCGCGAGAAGGACAUUGAGGAGUUUGGCAAGGACAAGAGUGAGCGCGAUCGCAAGGACGAGGAACGCACGCGUAAGAACCGCGAGAAGAGGGAGAAGAUGAAGGCUCGCAAGGCCAAAAAGGGCAAGGGCCCCGCUGGUGCGACUGACAAGAAACCCAACACUGCACUGUCAAGAGGCGACUCCCCAUCCGCGGACAAUGAUGCUAAGACAAACACUGCUGAUGUUGCUUCUAAGACCCAGGCUGGCAAGGAUACUUCGGAAUCAGCACCAUCUGCACAGCCCGCAGGCCUGGUCAUUCACGACGACGACGAUUAA